GCAUCUAGCAACGUGAAAUGCACUUCGCAAGGCGGCCGGGUGCAGCCGAGGCAAUCAGCGCGAGCCGCUCCAGCCCAAGCAGACGACUUCCUUCCGGGAGGCGGCAGCAGGAGACAUCACAAGAACGGCGCCGUCAGAUGGACAGGCAGCUAGAAGAUGGAUCCAGAGAUCUCCCUCAUGUUCCAAAGUGCAUCCCCUUUGGGGAUCCCCGAGUGCCAUGUCGGAGCUGAACUUUCCCCUCUAUACGACCGACACCCGCUACCUGGCGACCGGGUCCAGAUCGAGACCACCUGGGCAGCACGGCGCCAGCAGGAACCGUGGCUCUUUGACGGGGCCAAAUUCCGCCUCCACUCUAUCAAGCAGGAGGGGGGCAUUUUGGUGUUCCGUCUUGGCCUCACCAGCUACAAGGACUUUGUGGGCACCAACCUGGCCGGCAGAGUCGAGCAGCUGCGUCGGCAAGGCCAUGAGGAUUUCGGCAACAGCCAAGCCUACCUUGCCGACCCCCUGGGCGUGGGCGCCAUGUUGCACACGGCGGACGAUCGGUUUGUCUUUUUGCGGCGCAGCCUGUGUGUGGGAGAAGCACCUGGGAAAGUUGACGUUCCCGGGGGGCAUCCUGAACCAUUGGUUGUGACAGGGGAUACCACCUCACAAGGACCCAUCCGCCAUCAGGACCUCCCUGGAGAGCUAGUGGUGAAAGAGCUGUUUUCCUCCGUGUUACGGGAGAUUCAGGACGAGGUUAACCUCCCUCCAUCCAGCUUGAGCUGUCCAGUGUUGCUCGGGAUAGCUCGGAAUGAGACGAGCGGGGGCGGAGCCAGUGCCGAAUUCUAUGUCAGGUGUAGUCUGACUUCUGAGGAAGUGCAGUGUAAUUAUGCCGUCGGGGGCCCUGAAGCCCAAGAAUCUACUAGCAUCAUAUUUGUCACCAGAGAAAACGUCCUGACUAUGGAGCAGAGUGGGGAUCUGUGGAAAGAACUGUGCCCUUCGGGCAAAGGGGCCAUAAAACUCUACACAGGAAUGAUGGGACAGCACCCGUGAUGUGACAGCCAAUGAGAAAUGGUGAGAGGAAGUCAGCAACUCAGGGAUUCUUCAGGACUUUUUAACAUUUUGGGGAGAAUAAAAUUGCCGGCAUGAAGUCCUUUUCGUUGCUUCCAUAGCAAGUGGGUUUUUUACGAGGACGGGUUGUUAACCCAAUACACUAACCUCCUCCUUUCACAUCUGGGGCCUGGGACAGGCAAUGACGGAAUAAUUCCAAGACCGAAACUGCUGGAGAGCACUUGUUGCACGAUUUGCUACUUAGCAUGGGAGGAUCUCACUAAAAUUGCCAGUUGUUUGUUGGCACAGCUGGAAUAUUACUCCAGGAAUACAAAUAAGUGGGCUUUCCCUCCCACUGCUGUGAAACUGAACAGGCUAAUUUCUUCUUUGUGCCUUGACUAAUCUGUUGUUACUAUGCCUAUUUGUUACCCACUUCUCAAAAUAAAGACUUGACUAU